AUGUCACCAAACCGGAAAACCAAUGCUGAGGUUCAGCAGGGAGAUGCCGUCCCCACCCGCACCGAUGAAAUGCGUGAGAUGCAGGAGGCAAUGGAUGCCAGCUGGGGCGAGGUCUGCAGUGCAUGCUUUGUCCGUACACCCAAAGAGUGGGCAUACAUUGUCCUUGGACUACUUAUUGCUGCCUUCUUCCUCUACUUCUUCUUGGUUGUCAUUGAGCUUCUUGGAGAGGGUGCCAAAGUCAUGACAGGAUGCGUUUCUGGAGGUCUGUUUGGUGGUGCAGGCAAUCCUAUGGCAGGAGUCAUUAUUGGAAUGCUUGCCACGGUGUGUCUUCAGUCCUCUUCCAUUACCACAUCCAUCAUUGUGCCCAUGGUCCCAAGUGCCAUUUCUGUUUAUCAAGGAAUCUACAUGGUCAUGGGAGCCAAUAUUGGAACUUCUGUCGCCAACACUAUUGUUGCCAUGGGACAAAUGGGAGAUGGAGAUGACCUUGAGAGGGCCUUUGCUGGUGCCACUGUGCAUGAUAUUUUCAACUUUCUCACUGUGGCUAUAUUGCUAUCAGUUGAAGUCGUCACUGGAUACCUUGAUGCCUUGACUGGGGCCAUUGUUGAUGGAGUUGAAGUCAAAGAUGGUGACAGCAGCUCUUCCUUUGUGAAGGAGAUGGUCACUCCAAUCACUACAAAGAUUAUCAAAUCCAACCAGAGCCUGAUGAAGGCAGUUGCAAAUGGUGCCUCCUGUUCUGAAUUCUACCCCGUCAAAUGUGAAGAUGGGCUUAUCUCCCGUAUCAAGGACACUGGUGACUGCCCACUCUUCUUUGAAGAUGGUGCUACACAAAGCAGCGACACAACAUCUGGUGUUGUGGUCUUCAUAAUUGCAAUCAUUCUGCUGUCUGUUUGCCUUGCUGGACUGGUUUCAGUCUUGAAAAAAAUUGCUCUUCGGAAUCUCAUCAAGAAUCAUCUACAAGGCCACCAACAUGAAUGGCUAUGCUGUCCAAUUUUCCUCCAUCACCACAUGUGUAUUGACACCUCUUGUUGGUAUUGGUGUCUUGCCACUUGA